CCUAUACACCAACUCUACCUACCACAAUGUUCAACUUCAACUUCUUCAAGUCCGCCCCGGCCAAUGAGCCCACCACUGACGGCUGGAACGCCAACACCGUCACCAUGCAGCCCACCAGCCCCGCUGCCCCUUCAAGCAACCAGAACGUUGUCUCUGAGCAGCCGGCCAACCAAGAACAAAUGCAGCUGCGUGGUGGUGGCGGCGGUGGUAUCUGCUGCGGAGUUUGUGCCGGUAUCGCUUGCUUCGAGUGCUGUGAGAUUUGCUGCUAGACGAUCGGAU